GACAAAACAUUCGGCCUAAAGAAUAAAAAAGGGGCAAAGCAACAGAAAUUUAUCAAGGCUGUGACUCACCAGGUUAAGUUUGGGCAGCAAAAUCCACGUCAGGCUGCUCAAACAGAAAGUGAGAAGAAAUUAAAGAAAGAAGAUAAGAAAAAGGAGUUACAAGAAUUAAAUGAGCUCUUCAAGCCUGUGGUUGCUGCACAGAAAAUUAGCAAAGGUGCUGACCCCAAGUCUGUAGUUUGUGCUUUCUUCAAGCAAGGACAGUGCACUAAGGGAGACAAGUGCAAAUUUUCUCAUGAUUUGUCUUUGGAAAGGAAGUGUGAAAAACGAAGUGUUUACAUCGAUGCCAGAGAUGAAGACCUUGAAAGAGAUACAAUGGACAACUGGGAUGAGAAGAAGCUGGAAGAAGUGGUGAACAAGAAGCAUGGUGAGGCGGAAAAGAAAAAGCCCAAAACCCAAAUAGUCUGCAAAUAUUUCCUGGAUGCUAUUGAAAACAACAAAUACGGGUGGUUUUGGGUCUGUCCAGGAGGAGGAGACAACUGCAUGUAUCGCCAUGCUCUGCCUCCAGGUUUUGUAUUGAAAAAAGACAAGAAGAAGGAGGAAAAGCAAGAUGAAAUUUCUUUAGAAGAUCUAAUAGAAAAAGAGCGUGCUGCCUUAGGACCAAAUGUUACCAAAAUUACCCUAGAGUGUUUUAUUGCAUGGAAGAGAAGAAAAAGACAAGAAAAAAUUGAUAAGGCUGAACAAGAUAUGGAGAGGAGGAAAGCAGAUUUUAAAGCAGGCAAAGCACUGGUGAUCAGUGGACGUGAAGUGUUUGAGUUCCGACCAGAACUGGUUGAUGCAGAUGAUGAAGAGGCAGAUGACACCCAUUAUGUUCAAGGAGCAGGAGAUGAUGAUGAGCUGGAAGACCCUGUGUGCAUAAAUGAUGUAGACCUGAACCUGUAUGUCCCCAAGGCAGUAGAGGAGACUGGUAUUACAGUGGCUAGUCCUGAGCGCUUCAGCACUUACCACUCUGGAGAAAAAGAUGAUAAUAAAUUAAGUGAAGCUUCUGGUGGUGAUAUCAACAGCAGUGAGCAAAAUGAAUUAGAGGAAGAUAAUGAUGGAGAUGGGGAGCUGGAGAAUGGAGUAAUUGACGCAGUUCCAGUUGAUGAAAAUCUUUUUACUGGAGAGGACUUGGAUGAACUAGAAGAAGAACUAAACACUCUUGAUCUAGAAGAAUGAACUAAAAAGCUGAAGUGAGGAAUUAAGUCUGUGUGACAAAGUG